UUUGCUUAUAGCUCAAGUGCAACAAUUAUUGCUAUAGGACGCUUCUACAAACAGACUUGGCUGAUGCCGAGGUACGAACUGAUUUAAUUUCGCCGUGUAACGUCACAUGUUGCGGGUCGCCAGUGCAUCCCCAAGCAGACCACAGACGCGCACACACCGAACACGCCAACUUAACACGAAAAUCAGUGGCGAACGACUUGGACUCCGGGGUUCGAAUCUCCAGCAGCUGUUGUCCGUAAGAGGGAUAAUGGAGCCGAGGUCGUGGGUUCGAGUCCUGGUGGUGCUGGCGUGUGUGCUGAUUGCAGGUGGGCUGAAACCGAGGCAGACGAUCCGGGAUUACUACGAUCCCAUCAUGCACAUCCUGACGCUGAACUGCACCGUAGCGCGCGUGCGCGGGGAGGCCCGCCUCAGCUGGCACAGGAACAGUCAGCUGUCGGACGGACCAAAGAUAGACGCCAGUGACUACACGGUGUUCGUGCACAAGAACGGGCGGAAGGAUAUCAGCGCCGUCAUCUCAGUGCCGCUGCCCACCUGGGUGGAUCCUGACGUCACGGACUACUUUAGCUGUGUGCUGAGGAAGGGAAAGCAGCAGGAUGGGCUCAUCGUAACCCCCAAGGCGCCGACAAAAGUCUUCCUGAUCGACCGCGACGGCAACUGGCGCAACGAGGCCUUCUACGAGGGAACCGACCUGCGCCUGCGCUGUGGCACGGCAGAAACCAGACAGGGCGUUGGCUAUCACAUCGUUCCUACGGCAACCAUCACGUGGAAACGUGACGGCCAGCCACUGCCGAGAAGAGCCCGAACCAUGCCGGUAGUGGUGCCGAUCUCCGGCAGCGGGAGGCUGGUGCUGAAGAACAUCUCCAUGGAGGACAGCGGGGAGUACUCCUGCCACGCCGGGAACGUGUUUGGCAGGGGAGAGGCCACCAGGCACGUUAGGGUCUUCAAACCAGGAGAGCCCUUGCAGGUACAGACCGCGUCCCCCGUGUACGGGCUGCUCGGGGAGACCGUCACCCUCCCCUGUAGACACUGGAGCGUCUUCCCGUACGAGACGGAAACGCGGUGGUUCCAGCUGAACCAGACCAGCGGAGAGCUCGUGCCCGUGUUAGACUACAGCUACAGCACGGCCACGUGUCUGGCAGGGGAGGCGGGCGACUGUGAUCGGAUCAGCGCUGUAGGUGUGACGGGGAGGCACUCGGGGGAAGGAUCCCUACAGCUCCAAGACGCGCGGCUGUCCGACAGUGGGACGUACGUGUGUCGGGUGGAGUCGGGAACGGAGGACAGGCGGGUCACUCUGGACAGUGCCGUCCAACUGGCUGUCAGGUUACAGGGCUACACGGAUGACAUCGUCAUAUCAGAACAGUACAAUAACGAGACGCAGGACCUGCUGCUGGCCUGCUCCACGGCGUUCGGUCACCCCAGGCGCCAGCUGGCCUGGUUCAAGAACGGCAGCCCUGUCUUAGGUGGGCAGGUCAACGUCCGAGUGGACGGCUUCAUGGAACGGGUCAGGGGCCUAGUGGGGUUUCACUCAUUCCUGAAGGUGGACAAGUUGACUCGUGGUGACAUGUACUCCUGCCAGGCCCCUCACCCGCUCACACAGGCCAUGAUGUCAACUUCAGUCACCAUAACUUCGCCCCUUGCGAAGGACAUCGAUGUGGUGCCCCACCCCGAACAGAACCCGGUAGAGUUUGAGGAUCUGGCGCUGGAGUGCAAACUGCUGGUGAAAAUCUCUCCCCGACCCUACAUCCGGUGGGAGAGGGAGGGCGGGUCUCUGCCUUCCGGUGUUAACAUCCGGGAUGACGUGCUCCUGGUUCCCAAUGCUAUGAUAGAGGAUGCCGGGAAGUACAAGUGUGAGGCUGAGAACAUCUUUGGUUCUGCCAAGGCUGAGGCGAUGGUUCAUGUGCGGACUAGAGAAAACAAGACGUCUGAGUCCACAUGUAACACCACCGCCAUAGCGAUGGACGUGACGCGGUGCCAGCGGAGAUUUAACCACACCCUGGAGGUUCUGUACAGAAUAGAACAGGAGGAACACAGGUCACCCGCAAGGCUAUGCAGUAUUCACCAGGAGCUGCUCCUGUGUAUGAAGAGAGCCAUGGAGUUCUGCCCGACAUGGGAGACAUCUAUCGGCAUCUACGUGAACUCCACUAGUCCUGUAAAAGAAUACUGCCAUAGCCCCAGCUCCCAGGCGAGAGAGGAAAAUAUAUGGUCAAAAAUAUUUGUCUCAGUAAUCAUAUUUUUAGUAGUUUAUGUCUUUUAGGUACAUUUUUAAUUGAAUGUAGUAUUAGUCUGUAACUCAAACCUGUUGUAGGGCUUGAAAAGAAAGGGUAAAUACAUCUAGACACUGAAUAUUUCAAUGGACAAACUACAUCAUGUAUGUUGGUGUACUCACUGAAUUAGCUGAUUGGUUGUUUCAGCCACAAGUCUAUUCAGGCCCAAAUACAAACAUGAAAAUGUGUUUUUGUCACAUGCAUUUAAGUUCUCCAAGCAUUGCAGCUUGUAAAAUUGCUAUGGAAUGUCUUAAAGUAAAAUCUAAAGGAUGGAAUCAUAAGUUAUACUUGAACAUAUGGUAUGUCAAGUGCAUAAUGUUCACUCUUUUUGCUGUUAAAUGUAAAUAUGAACAUAAAGGAAUUGUUAGUUUAUGUGGAGAGAUGUGUAUUAUGUCAUUGCUCUGCAAUUUCUAUUUUUGAAUAUUCAAAAUGCAUUCUUGUGCUAUUUGGUACACAUGUUUCUCAUAUUUUUGUUUCUUACUUAAAUACUGAGACAAGUUUACUCUGUAAGAAGAUUCAGAAAAAGUGUAAUUCAUUCACAGCAAUAUCUCAAUUCAUGUUGCAUUGUUCCACAACUAAGUACACCUGCACACUAUGAACAGAAACAAAGUUUCAAGACAAGGAAAGUAGACUUUGAUAAAAAAACAUUAAAAAUGGAAGAUAGAAGUUAUUUAACCCAGAGCAAUCAUGCAAGUCAGUACUAAGGGCUAUUGUAUGUUGUGUGUUGGUAUACAUUUGUGAUGUCUGGUACGUAUAAUAAACAUGCCCCAAAAUGUC